AUGGGCAAGCCCGGCACUCGUCGGCAGACGAAGAAGCCAAAAGUGGAUGCCGGCGAGCAGACCGAGGCGGACACGGCCAAAGAAAAGAAGCCGCAACAACCCCGUGCACAGUCGACCGGGGCCGCCGACAAGUCGCGCCAUCGCGCCACCAAGGUCCCAUCCGAGGGCCCGGCCACCGGACGCACCGCGUCCGAACACGCAGACCCGAACAGCGAGGACGAGACGCAGAAGCAGAAGCGGAACCAGAGCGUUCGCGCUCAAAAGAAGGUGCUAUUUCCGGUAGUGGAUGCCGGCGAGCAGACCGAGGCGGACACGGCCAAAGAAAAGAAGCCGCAACAACCCCGUGCACAGUCGACCGGGGCCGCCGACAAGUCGCGCCAUCGCGCCACCAAGGUCCCAUCCGAGGGCCCGGCCACCGGACGCACCGCGUCCGAACACGCAGACCCGAACAGCGAGGACGAGACGCAGAAGCAGAAGCGGAACCAGAGCGUUCGCGCUCAAAAGAAGACCACUUCCCGGGACAUGGCUCGACGCAAAAAGGCCACCAUCACCGCAAAAUACUCACCGGAAGUGGAGAACGCCGUCGAGAAGUUUAUGACCUACGUGCUCGAGACGACCGUCACCGGGCUCUACAAGGAAUUCGAAGACCUCAAAGACUACGCCACACCCGCCUACAACUUUGAGGCGUGCAAGCGGAACCCGACGAAGAACCGAUUUGCGGACGUGCACUGCUUGGACGCGACGCGCGUCGUCCUCCGCUCCGACUAUGGCAACUACACGGCGGCUGAUGGCGAUUACGUUAAUGCGAAUUGGGUCAAUAUCGAGCAUGCCGACCGGAAAUACAUUGCCUGCCAAGCGCCGAUGGCCAACACGAUCGAGGACUUUUGGCGCAUGGUUUUUCAGGAAAACGUCGUCACCAUCUUUGUGCUGUGCAACUUUGUCGAGAACGACAACGCGAAAUGCGCCGAGUAUUGGCCGCUGAAGUACGGCGAGUACAAGAAUUACGGGAAGAUGUUUGUCAACAACAAGAAGGUGGAACCGGAGGACAAGUACGACAUGUACACGCUGGAGGUGCUGCCCGACGGGUGCUCGAACUCGAUCGUUGUCAAGCUGAUCCACUGCUUCUCGUGGCCCGACCAGAGCGUGCCCAACUCUGGCCGUCUCGUGCUGCGCAUGCUGAAGGUGAUGAAGGAUUGUGGCCCCGGGACAGCCAUCGUGCACUGCGCUGCUGGGAUUGGUCGCACCGGCACCAUACUUGCUAUCGAUAUUGUCGCCGCUCGUCUUUUCAAGGGCAAGGAAACGAAGGUGUCCGAAAUUUUCAAGCAAUUGCGCGAUUGCCGUGCGUCGCUGAUACAACGUGAAGGCCAAUAUCUCUUUAUUUACUCGACGGUCCUCGAUUACAUCAAGGCCAAGAUGGCCGUCAAGUGGGCCCCGGACGUCGGCAAGUUUUACAAGGAGCUGGACAAGCGCGAGAAAGUCAGU